AUGGAAGAAUCAGAAGGAGGAGUGACGACAAUGAUGGGAAAGGCGGAAAUCGAUACGAGUGCUCCAUUUCGUUCGGUUAAGGAGGCAGUCAUGUUGUUCGGAGAAAGAGUUCUUGCUGGAGAACUCUACUCUGCUAAUAAGCUUAAACAGAAACGAGAUGGAUCGAGUCAUGAAGACGAAAGCGACGACUCGUUUAAUGAUGAGUUAAUUGAGACAAAGCAAAGACUAGAAAGGGCAAGAGAAGAAAGAUUGGUAAUGGCUACAUGUCUCUCUUCUUUAGAAGAAGAACUUGAACGCACAAGAAAUGAGCUUAAUAAGCUAAAAUUUGAGCAACAAAAAGUCAUGGUAUCAGAAAUUGAAGACCUAAAAUAUAUAGAGAAAUCACAAAUUAUGUCACAUGAUCAAAAUAAUAUCGAGUUUCACAAAAAAAGAUAUGUCACAUUUGCAAAUCCUCCACAAGGUGAUGAUCAUGAUCAUGUUGUAUUAUUACAAAACCAUCCUUCAAUCAACAAGAAGAAAAAGAAAAAAAUAUCCCUAAUCAUACCAUUGAUUGGGGGAAUUUUUUCUAGGAAAAGAGGUAGUAAUUCGGAUAAUAACAUUUAAUCUGCUCGAGUUUAAAUCGAAUGAAAAGAGAUCUCAAGGCUUGCGUCCCGUUUGAAUUUUCCAAUGGUUUUGCUUGAAAUCAAAGUGUGAAAAGUAAGGUUGGUUAAUAUGCAUAUUUGAUUUCUUUGUUUAAAAUUUUCAAUAAGAGAUAUACUAUUAAUUAUGA